AUGCCUCCUAAAGCAUUGUACAAGUUAAAAAAAAACUAUGUUGAAAUUAUUGAGAAUAAUAAUGAUAAUAAUUUUCAAGAUCCUUUUCAUUCUUUAUCGGACCCUUAUGAAAUUGUUGAAAGCCCACCUAGGUCUCUACUUAACAAAAUCUUUAAUAAUGCAUCAGAAGAAUUGUCUGUCGAUACAAAUCAGGUUUUAGAUAAAGAAAAUAAAGCAAUAAAUAUAUUACUAGAAAUUAUUAACAAAAUAUUAAUUCAAAACACCUCGAUUAUGGAAAAGCAAGGAACUUUGAAAGCUACGGUUACUCAACUUGCCAGUGACAUUAAGAAAGAAGCGACACAAGAUAUUAAAUUUUCUAUAGAUAAUUGGCUUUAUCCUAAUGACAAAGUUUAUGAAGAAUCCAUUCAGAAAGAACUUGAAGAUCUUUGUCCAAACAAAAUGAUGCA